CGCCGCUAAAAUGUGUAGUGUCAGCCGCCGUGGCUGUUAAUGUUUGUCGACGUAGAGCUCCGUUCGUGAACCAUUUUUCAGUGCAUUUUUGUAAACGUAAACAAUUUAAAUUUCGCGAAAAAAUAUAAAUAAAAAUGUUACAAAGUAUUUACGAAUUACCAUUUCAUAUUUUGGUACCUCCAAAUAUUAAGCUUCGUAUACAUAUUCCAAAACCAUCUCCCUUCUUCAUUUUCUGUUGUAUCUUGGUAUCAUACUUUUUGGUGACUGGAGGAAUCAUAUAUGAUGUUAUUGUGGAACCACCAAGCGUUGGUGCUACUGUCGACGAAAAUGGACAUUCUAGACCUGUAGCCUUUAUGCCUUAUCGUGUCAAUGGACAGUACAUUAUGGAAGGAUUGGCGAGCAGUUUUCUUUUUACAAUAGGAGGACUUGGAUUUAUUAUAAUGGAUCAGACACAUGCCCCAGGAAAAACGAAUCUUAACCGUUUAUUGCUCACUUCUAUGGGAUUCAUAUUUAUUUUAGUAUCAUUCUUUACAACUUGGCUGUUUAUGCGAAUGAAAUUGCCCAGUUAUUUACAGCCAUAAAUUUAUUCGAAUCUCAAAUGUAGCAGACAAGAUUAAACUAUUUGCUCAUUUCACAUAGUAUUACUAACACAAAUGCAAUAUGUGCAAUUCACGAAUAAAGAUGUAUUAGAUUCAAUAUAAUUUUGCGAUUUAAAAAAAAGAAUACUAUUACGAUUUAUUGAAAAAGUUCUAUUAUUCCCUUUUUUAGACUCAACAUACAUUUAAGAUUUGUUUUUUAAGAUAUGUAUUUGUACAUACAUUAUAAUUAUGCUUAAAUAAAUAAUAAAAUACAGUCUUUAACAGGCAAUCGCCGUGUUAA